CAAGAGAUUAAAAGAAUCUGCCCACUCCAUCAAGCAAUGGGUACAACAACACAGGGCAUUCACGGGACCUCAUGGAACCACGGACCGCACCUGCAGAAACUGGACAACAGGGAGAAGCAGAGGAGAUACCUAUAUCAUAGACUUCUCCCAGCUGACGCUUGACAUACCACCUACGCCACCUCCAGUGGUAGAAACAACCAGCUGGUAUGAUUGAGUGGAAUCAGCCAACAGUAACACGGAAGCAGCAAUGUGAGAGUCAGUAGUGCAUGACCUUAAAGGGUAAUAAUAGGAAGCUUCCGUUUAACACACAGGCCUAAGAUUACGUAGGUCUACAGCCCCAGUGGGAACUUCCCCUUUAAAAAGAUAUAUAAAGAGAACAGAGAUCAUAAGGACAGCAUGGUCCUUCUGUAGCUCAGUUGGUAGAGCAUGGUGCUUGUAACGCCAGGGUAGUGGGUUCGAUUCCCGGGACCACCCAUACGUAGAAUGUAUGCACACAUGACGACUGUAAGUCGCUUUGGAUAAAAGCGUCUGCUAAAUGGCAUAUAUUAUAUGAUCCUUGUUAACAUGUGAGACAGACUUCAUAUGGAGGAUCAUCACAGCUACCCCUUUCAGAAUGCCAGGAGAACGAUUGAUGGCGAGCGGUUCUGAUGUGGGCCGUUUCCAUGGCAAUGCCCUGACCAUAGUGGAGGCAAACAACCAGGAGGAGGCGGAGUCUAAGGAGCAAGGGGGCUCUCUCUCGGGUGUUCUGAAGAUAUGCUGCUGCUGGCCACGCCAGAGCAGCUUGUACGAUACAGUUGUCACGGACGAAGUGGUGAAAAAGGCCCCGCUUCCUGAGCCCCCUCAGCCCCACACUGGAGACAAUCAGCUGGAAGAGUUGAUGUUGUCAGUGCACUCGGUGGAUCUACUGAGCUCUAAAACGGGUCAGAACCGCAUGGAGCAUCACACCGACCGUUACCAUGGCAACGCACUCAUCAUCCGACGUGGCCAGACCUUCCAGAUAGAACUGGACCUGUCGCGACCUUUUAACUCCAACACAGACAAACUCCACCUGGACCUCAGGACAGGACCCCUCCCCAUGGUGUCAAAGAACACGCACGUCAUCAUUCAAUUGGUGGAAGAGCUGGAGGACGACCGCUGGGAGGCCAAGAUAGUGGAGCGGGACGGCAACAGGAUCAAGCUGUCCGUCAACUCGCACGCCAAAGCUGUGAUUGGCAAGUACAAGGUCACCGUGACGGUGGAGUCUGCAAAGGGCGGGUCUGCAACCACACGCGACCCCAGGAAAGACAUCGUCAUGCUGUUCAACCCCUGGUGUGAAGAUGACACCGUGUACAUGGAUGAUGAGGAGGAGAAGAAGGAGUAUGUGCUGAAUGACACGGGAAGACUCUACUACGGCACAGAGAAACAGAUUGGAGAUCGCACAUGGAACUACGGACAAUUCCUUGAGGGGAUGCUGGAGGCCUGUCUCUAUGUGCUGGAGAAGAGUGAGAUCCCUCCGCCUGGUAGAGGGGACCCUGUCAACGUGGUCAGAGUCAUAUCUGCCAUGAUCAACUCCCAAGAUGACAAUGGGGUCCUGGCUGGGAAUUGGUCAGGGAACUAUGUGGGAGGAGUUUCCCCUACAGCCUGGAAUGGCAGUGUGGAGAUCCUGAAGAAAUACCACAAGGAGGGAGGCCUGCCUGUCAAAUACGGACAGUGCUGGGUCUUCUCUGGGGUCACCACCACAGUGCUCAGGUGCUUGGGUAUACCGUGCCGUAGUGUAACAAACUUCCAGUCGGCCCACGACACAGACGUCUCACUCACCACAGACAUGUAUUUUGACGAGAAAAUGGAGCCGUUCGACGAACUCAACACCGACUCUGUUUGGAAUUUCCAUGUAUGGAACGACUGUUGGAUGGCCAGGCCAGACCUUCCUCCUGGUAACGGCGGCUGGCAGGCAUUAGACGCCACCCCGCAGGAGACCAGCCAGGGGACCUUCCGCUGUGGCCCUGCUUCUGUCACCGCCAUCCGCACCGGCCAGGUCUACCUCAAAUACGACACACCUUUCAUCUUUGCUGAGGUGAACAGUGAUAAGAUCUACUGGCAGAGGAACCUGGAUGGUAUCUUCACUCAGAUCCAAUGUGAAAAGAAGGCUGUGGGCCACUGCAUCAGCACCAAGGCUGUGGGCUCUGACAAACGCGAUGACAUCACACACCUGUACAAACACACCGAAGGAUCAGAGGAGGAACGCAUCGCAGUGGAGACAGCCAGUCGUUAUGGCACCAAGCCUGACGUGUACUCUACAUCCAUGGCGGAGGACGUGAACUUGGAGGUGAAGUUGGAGGGAGAGGGGCCUCGUAUGGGGGCUGACGCCCAACUGACCAUCGUGAUGACCAAUUUCAGCUCCCAGACCCGCAAGACCACACUACACAUCCAGGUGGCAGUCAUGUACUACACCGGGGUGCUGAAGGGCACUGUCAAGAAGGACAAGAUGCCUGUGGCGCUCAAGCCCAAUGAAGUGAAGGCCAUGCAGUGGGUCCUGCCCUACCAUAGCUACCAGGACCAGCUGGUGGACCAGGCUGCUCUAAUGCUGACUCUGUCUGGACGGGUCAGCGAGACCCAACAGGUCCUGGCCACUCAGACCAGCUUCAGGCUACGCACACCCGACCUCAGCAUUGAGGCUGUAGGGGAGGCGGUGGUAGGUAAGAAGAUGGCAGCCAAGAUCACGUUCACCAACCCUCUGCCACGUACACUGAGGGGCGUGGUGCUCAGGGUGGAGGGACUGGGCCUGCAGGAGGUCAAAGAGGUGGUUGUGGGUGAUGUUGGGAGCCACUCUACGGUGACUCGGACAGAACACUUCAUACCCACCCAGGCUGGACACAGGAAGCUGGUAGCAGCCCUGGACUGUAAACAGCUGACACAGGUGCACGGGGUUGUUGACAUCGUUGUCCAGGACCAAUGAGAGGGAGCCUUCAACUGCUCUUUCCUGUCCACUUAUCUGGUGUUUCAUUCAAGUCUCCAAAAAGAGAAUGGGAAACCUUUUAUUCCGUUUUCCCAUGAUUUGAGUGUAAUAUUUUUUUUUUUCAUGCUGACAUGUAACUAUGGAAAUACCCUGAUCGUUGGAUGAAGUUGUACACUGAAUUGUUUUUACCCGUGUUAAUGUUUUUAAUACUCACGUCAUAUUUUUCCAAAUCAAUCAAGUUUAUUUGUCACAUGCUUCGUAAACAACAGGUGUAGACUAGCAGUGAAAUGCUUUCUGACGGGGCCCUUCCCAACAAUGCAGAGAGAGAAGAAGGAUCAAUAGAAGAAGAAGAAUUCGAGGAAAUACACAAGGAGUAACGAUAACCUGGCUAUAUACACGGGGUGCCAAGUCAAUGUGCUGGGGUAGAAGGUAAUUGAGGUAGAUACAAUAGGUAGGGAUAAAGUGACUAGGCAACAGGAUAGAUAAUAAACAGCAGUAGCCUAAGUGAUGAAUAAAAAAGUUAGUGCAAAAAGGGUCAAUGCACAUAGUUAAAGAGUUAACCAAUAGCUACUCGGACAAACUAUUUCGCGGUCUUAUGGCUUGGGGGUAGAAGUUGUUCAGAGUCCUGUCCCAGACUUGGUGCAUCGGUACCACUUGCCGUGUGGUAUCAGAACAAACGUUCUAUUAUUUGGGAGGCUGGCUGGCCUUUCUCUGACACCGCCUGGUAAGCUCGGCCCCAGUGAUGUACUGAUCCAUACGCAUUACCCUCUGUAGGGCCUUGCGGUCAAAUUCCAAGCAGUUGCCAAACCAAGUGGUGAUGCAGCCAGUCAAGAUGCUCUCAAUGGCGCAGCUAUUUAACUUUUUGAGGAUCUGAAGGCCCAUGCAUAAUCUUUUUAGCAAUAGAGGGGGAAGAGGCAUUGCCGUGCCUUCUUCAGGACUGUGUUGGUGUGUGUGGACCAUGAUAAUGCCUUAGUGAUGUGGACACAGAUUCUUGAAGCUCUAGGCUCCGUCCACUGCAGCCAUGUCGAUGUGGAUGGGGGGCGUGCUCAGCCCUCCUUUUCCUGUAGUCCGCGAUCAGCUUCUUUGUCUUGCUGACAUUGACGUCGAGGUUGUUGUCCUGGCACCACACUGCCAGGUCACUGACUUCCAUAUAGGCUGUCUCAUCAUGGUCGGUGAUCAGGCCAACCGCCGUCGUGUCAUCAGCAAACUUAAUGAUGGUAUUGCAGUCAUGCACCGCCACGCAGUCAUGGGUGAACAGGUACAAGAGGGGACUAAGCACGCACGCGAGGGGCCCGUGUUUGGCUGUCACCGUCUCGGAUGUGUUUGCCUAUCCUCACCACCUGCGAGCGGCCCAUCGGGAAGUCCAAGAUCCAGUUGCACAGGGAGGUGUUCAGUCCCAGGGUCCUGAGCUUAGUGACGAGCGUGGAGGGCACAAAGGUAUUGAAUGCUGAGCUAUAGUCAAUGAACAACGUGACAACAAUAGAAAAAAAAGAAAGUCUAUAAGCAGUGUGUGAAAAUGGCGUGAGGAGGUAAGGCAAUAAAUAGGCCAUAGUAGCAAAGUAACUACAAUUUAGCAGACUAACACUGGAGUGAUAGAUGAGCAGAUGAGGAUGUGCAAGUAGUGAAUUGGAAAGAAAGGCGAUCAAAAGAGGUGUUGUCUUUGGGGAUGACCAGUGAGAUAUACCUGCUGGAGCACGUGCUACGGGUGGGUGUUGUUAUCGUGACCAGUGAGCUGAGGUAAGGUGGAGUUUUACCUAGCAUAGACUUGACCUGAAGUCAGUGGGUCUGGCGACGAAUAUGUAGCGAGGGCCAGCCGACUAGAGCAUACAGGUCGCAGUGGUGGGUGGUAUAAGGGGCUUUGGUAACAAAACGGAUGGCACUGUGAUAGACUGCAUCCAGUUUGCUGAGUAGAGUAUUGGAAGCUAUUUUGUAGAUUACAUCGCCGAAGUCGAGGAUUGGUAGGACAGUCAGUUUUACUAGGGUAAGUUUGGCGGUGUGAGUGAAGGAGGCUGUUGCGAAAUAGAAAGCCGAUUCUAGAUUUGAUUUUGGAUUGGAGAUGUUUGAUAUGAGUCUGGAAGGAGAAUUUAUAGUCUAGCCAGACACCUAGGUAUUUGUAGUUGUCCACAUAUUCUAGGUCAGAACCGUCCAGAGUAGUGAUGCUAGUCAGGCGGGCGGGUGCGGGCAGUGAAUGGUUGAAAUGCAUGCAUUUGGUUUUAUUAGCGUUUAAGAGCAGUUGGAGGCCACGGAAGGAGUGUUGUAUGGCAUUGAAGCUCGUUUGGAGGUUAGUUAACACAGUGUCCAAAGAAGGUCCAGAUGUAUACAGAAUGGUGUCGUCUGCGUAGAGGUGGAUCAAGGAAUCACCCGCAGCAAGAGCGACAUCGUUGAUAUAUACAGAGAAAAGAGUCGGCCAAAGAAUUGAACCCUGUUGCACCCCGAUAGAGACUGCCAGAGACUGCGCUCCGAUUUGACACACUGAACUCUGUCUGCGAAGUAGUUGGUGAACCAGGCGAGGCAGUCAUUUGAGAAACCAAGGCUAUUGAGUCUGCCGAUAAGAAUACGGUGAUAGACAGAGUUGAAAGCCUUGGCCAGGUCGAUGAAGACAGCUGCACAGUACUGUCUUUUAUCGAUGGUGGUUAUGAUAUCAUUUAGUACCUUGAGCGUGGUUGAGGUGCACCCAUGACCAGCUCGGAAACCGGAUUGCACAGCGGAGAAGGUACGGUGGGAUUCGAAAUGGUCAGUGAUCUGUUUAUUAACUUGGCUUUCAAAGACAUUAGAAAGGCAGGGCAGGAUGGAUAUAGGUCUCUAACAGUUUGGGUCUAGAGUGCCAACCCCUUUCACGAGGGGUAUGACCGUUGCAGCUUUCCAAUCCUUAGGGAUCUCGGACCAUACGAAAGAGAGGUUGAACAGACUAAUAAUAGGGGUUGCGGAUAAUUUUAGAAAGAGAGGGUCCAGAUUGUCUAGCCCAGCUGAUUUCUACGGGUCCAGGUUUUUCAGCUCUUUCAGAACAUCUGCUAUCUGGAUUUGGGUGAAGGAGAAGCUGGGGAGGCUCUGGCAAGCAGCUGCAGUGGUGCAGAACUGUUGGCUGGGGUUGGGGUAGCCAGGAGGAAAGCAUGGCCAGCCGUAGAGAAAUGCUUAUUGAAAUUUUAGAUUAUCAUGGAUUUAUCGGUGGUGACUGUUUUACCUAGCCUCAGUGCAGUGGGCAGCUGGGAGGAGGUGCUCUUGUUCUCCAUGGACUUUACAGUGUCCCAAAACGUUUUGGAGUUAGAGCUACAGGAUGCAAAUGUAUGUUUGAAAAAGCUGGCCUUUGCUUUCCUGACUGACUGCCUGUAUUGGUUCCUGACUUCCCUGAACAGUUGCAUAUCGCGGGGACUAUUUGAUGUUUUUGUGCUGGUCAAGGGCAGUCAGGUCUGGAGUGAACCAAGGGCUAUAUCUGUUCUCAGUUAUACAUUUUUUGAAAGGGGUAUUCUUAUUUAAGAUGGUGAGGAAAUUACUUUUAAAGAAUGACCAGGCAUCCUCGACUGACGGGAUGAGGUCAAUAUCCUUCCAGGAUACCUGUGCCAGGUCGAUUAGAUAGGCCUGCUCGCAGAAGUGUUUUAGGGAGCAUUUGACAGUGAUGAGUGGUGGUCGUUUUAUCGCGGACCCAUAGCGGAUGCAGGCAAUGAGGCAGUGAUCGCUGAGAUCCUGAUUGAAAACAGCAGAGGUAUAUUUGUAGGGCAAGUUGGUCAGGACAAUAUCUAUGAGGGUGCCCAUGUUUACGGAUUUAGGGUUGUACCUGGUGGGUUACUUGAUCAUUUGUGUGAGAUUGAGUGCAUCUAUCUUAGAUUGUAGGACUGCUGGGGUGUUAAGCAUAUCCCAGUUUAGGUCACCUAACAGAACGAACUCUGAAGAUAGAUGGGUGGCAAUCAAUUCACAUAUGGUGUCCAGGGCACAGGUGAGAGCUGAGGGGGGUCUAUAACAGGCGGCAACAGUGAGAGACUUAUUUCUGGAGAGAUUCAUUAAAAAAUAUAUAUAAACUCAAACUGUUUGGGUAUAGACCUGGAAAGUAUAACAGAACUUGAGGUGUCCAAGCUUUUCACCAGCGUGCCUUGCUCUGAAAUGGAUUUUCCAUUACUGUUAGGGUCGUCCACACUUAUGAAGAAGAAACAGAAUUAUUGUUAGGGCCUCUGAAAUGCUUUAUGAAGAAUCCUGUGGUAUAUUUUAUUAUCUAGAUAUAUAUGAUCUAAUGUUAAUAAUGUUAUCUAAUGCACCCAUUUUCAGUAGAAUGUACUGAACAAACGAUGUCAAGUUUCUGUCAUCAAAUAUUUUAUUAAUACACUGUAUAAGCAUAAGAGUAUCCAAUGAUGUUAUUAUUCAAGAUGUAUGCAUUGUGCAUUGUUGGAUAUGCUAUGUUAUAUGAAGGUGAAGCGCUUCAGUUUGAUUUUAUGAUGCUUAUGCCUAAAGAAGUCCUUCUCAAUGUGUUUGCUUAUUUUUAUAUGAAAGAAUUGAAGACAUUAUUAUCUUAUUUUGCUAAUAGUGUUUCCUUGCCUUAAAGUGCUCUUAUGCAAUCACUGUUCCAAACAGCAGUCAUCUCCUGAGAGUUUACAGUUGUAUCCAUGGCCCUUGUUGACCCUUGUUGACCUUGCUCUGCUCUCAUAGUUUGUGUGUUUGGACUUUAAAUACAAGAAAGGAAACAUUUUAACGCAUUACAAUUAGAUUGUAUUAAUUAAUCUAUAUACAUGUUUUUUUUUUCAAUUGUCAAUGUAUUUGUUAAUCAACUAUUUUUCCCUGUUAAAUUGCCCGGUGAAAAUCUCCCUUUUAAAAGUUCAUAUUCUGUUUUACUCAUAACCAAAUAAUGUUGCCGACUCAGCCUAUACUCGUA